AUGAAGAACUUUCUUUCCACGGCUUUGCUACUUGCCCAACUAGCAGCAGGGCAGGGCGCCCCCAGCGCUCGCAGCAGCAGCAGCAACCUAGCGAGAUCGAAGGGCCCUGGCUUCCAGCACCAGCCGAUCAAGCAGGCACCACAAGCCGCGGUACAGCAGGGGCUCCUCGCCAGCUCCUCAGCAGUCGAAUCCCUUUUGACAGGCCAGCAAAACACCCCCUACUACUACACGACCAACUGGGCCGGGGCGGCCCUCCUCAGCGCCGACCUCGCCUCCACCCCCAUCUUGACCUCUGCGGCCGCAACCUUCACCGCACCCAUCCCAACCGACUACAGCUAUCACAGCCGGCCAGGCCGCCUCGAUCUGGCGGGAAUCGACGUGAUUGCCGCAUCCUCCUUCGCCGACGAAGUCGAGUACGUCUACACCGCGUGGUAUGAAUGUUACCCAGUCAACGCGGUGGAUUUCUCCCCGGAAGCGUUGGCAAUUAAGGGUGGGGAUGUCAUCGUGGCCACCGUGUAUGCGACCUCCUCGUCCGCGGGAGUGGCGGUCAUUGAAAACACGAGCACCGGCCAACGGGCUACCGCGACGGACACUGCGCCGGACGCUACUAGCACACUGACUGGCCAGUCGGCCGAGUGGAUCGUCGAGGACUACCAGAGUAGCGGGGAGACGGUGUCGUUCUUGGACUUUGGGUCCGUCACGUUCACGGGUGUGACGGCGGGAGCCGCAGCGGGGAAUUUGACGUUCACCGUGGAGGUGAGGACGAUGAGACGGCGGUGGCGCUGGUGGAUCUGGUGA